GUCUUUUUGUUUGCUUCUUCGUUUGAUCACUCACCGAUCAUGGCGCUGCGUGCGGCUCGCUGGCUCGUGGUUGGCGCUGCUUUCGGCCUGCUCGCCGCUUUCGCCCUCCCCGCGGACGCCGCGCGAUCAGCCGCUGCGAAUGCAGUCGCACUGCACCAGCUAAUUGGCGCAUUUCGAGACACGGGCCAUCUGGCGGCGUCGACAGACCCGCUGCAGUACGCAAAGGCGGUUGGCACUCGGCCGGCGUCGCUCCCGCAGCUCGACUACCACACGUACGGCUUCACCGACGCCGACCUGGACGUCGCAUUUGACCUUGGCGAGGAGCUCUUUGGGACGUCGUCCGACACAAUGACGCUGCGGCAGCUCGUCAGCAACCUCAACCAGACGUACUGCGGCCACAUUGGCUUUGAGUACGGCCAUGUUGUGGAUGCGGAUCGCCGACAGUGGUUGGUCGAGCAGAUCGAGACGCUCGCUGCCCGCGUCCCAAGCACCGUGUCGUGGUCGGACAUGCUCGGAUUCCUGGUCGAAGCGGACACCUUUGCGAACUUUGUCAACGAGACGUGGCCGGACGAUUGGACGUUCCCAAUGAGCGGGUUGAACAACCAGCUCACUGCAAUCAAGUCGCUCAUCCGCGCAGCCUCCGCCAAUGGCAUUCAGGCCAUUCACUUUGGCAUGCACCAUCGUGGUCGAGACGAGUUUAUGCACAAUGUCAUGCAAAUCCCGCUUCCUGCCGUGUUCCAUUACAUGGAUGACGACGAUGCAUCGCCAGGUCACCCCAUCUGCAGCGCCGAAGGCGUCUGCUACUCUGGCGAUUCCAUCUACGGAAUGGGCACCUCAGCGUGGCUCGAAAUGCCAAACAACAAGUCCAUUUGGGUGUCGGUGGCGUCCAACUCUGCCCAUCUCGAUUCCAACAAUCCCAUCGUUGCAGGAAGCGCGGGCGCUGUGAUGGACAUGAUGAAUGACACUGUCGGCGAGUUUGUACUGCCCGUCCUGAUUUCCGGCGACGGUGCCGUCUCUGCACAGGGCAUUGUUGAGGAGACCAAGCUGCUGACCAACCACAUUCACGGCUACCAAACGGGCGGAUUCCUGCACCUCGUCAACAACAACCAGAUCGCCCACACAGUCGACCCGGCUGUCACUCGUGUGGUGCCCUAUCCCACCGACUUUGCCAAGGUGAUUGACGGCCCCGUCUUCCAUGUCAACGGCGACGAUCCAGAGUCGGUUGCCUGGGUGGUUGAACUCGCCAUGCGCUUUCGCCAGCAGUUUCACGUCGAUGUUGUUAUCGAUGUGAUUGGGUAUCGCCGCCAGGGCCACUAUGGCAAUCCGCAGGCCGACCACCCUCUGUGGAGCAACCCGCAGCUGUACGACUUUAUUGCGCACCAUCCAACAGAACUGGCAGUCUACAGCAACACGCUCAUUCAACGCGGUGUCAUCACCCAAGACGCCAUCGACGGUCUGGUCGACGAUGAGCACACGCGCCUCUACAAUGGAUGGGUCAACCGCACGCAGUACCCGGUCGAAGACAUUGGCCAAGAGUACAUCUGGCCCUUCCUGGAGGCGCCGUGGCCAAAGCUGCUGGCUCCGUCCUUUGCCGCCAAUCUCUCAGCGUCCGUUGUCUCGACGAUUGGGCGCACCAUCCUCUUCGACGCCAUCCCGGCCAACAUCCAGCUGACUCCGGAUCUUGCGCAGCUGCUCACGCUGCGCCAGCAGCAGUUUGACAGUGGCCAGGUUGGCUGGGCUGUGGCCGAAGCUCUCGCAAUUGGUUCGCUGCUCAACGAAGGGUUUGACGUGCGCAUGACCGGCCAGGAUACCAUCCUGGGCAUUGCGCUCGUUCGCGCCAUGGAGCUGUUUGAUCGCAACACAUUCACAAGCUACCGCCCGCUGGAUCAGAUUCGCACCAUGAUCAAUCCUGCUGCCGGCCGGUUUCGCCUGUUUGACAGCUCGCUGUCCGAGCUGGCCGUGCUCGGCUACGAGCUCGGCUACAGCAUUCAGCGCGGAGACGACACGCUCGUUUUGUGGGACAUGCACAACGCCGACUUUAUCAACAACGCGCAGAUGAUGGUCGACCAGUACAUUGCAGAGGGCGAGGUCAAGUGGUUCCGGCAAACCCCUCUGACCCUCAUUCUGCCCAUGGGCUACGAAGCAUGCAAUGGCCCAGAGCACUCCAAUGUGCGCAUGGCCCGUCUGCUGUUGACCACAGACGGGAGCGCCGUGUAUUGGAACAGGACGCGCACCAUGUACGGCGACAUGAUGGCCGUCAACAUUAUCGUCAUCUACCCGACGACCCCUGCCAACUACUUUCAUGCCAUUCGCCGACAGAUGCACUUUAACAAUCUGGCUGGCUACGCUCUGCGGAAGCCUCUGUUCCUUCCGCUGGGCCUGCGUCUGCUCAAAAACGACCACCUCACUUCGGACAUGUCCGAAUUUGCAACCGACACCUUCAUGCCAGUCAUCGGGGAGACUGACGGACGUAUCGUCCACGCCUCGCAAGUCCAACGCAUCAUGUUUUGUUCUGGCCAGAUUAUUUCCGCGCUGAACAUUUCUCGCGUCCAUCGGAACAGGUGGGAUGUUGCGAUUGUUCGGCUGGAGCAGCUUUCGCCCUUCCCGUUCCAGCUGGUUCACGACCAAGUCGAAAUGUACCCGAAUGCGGACGUCAUGUGGGUGCAAGAAGACCCCAGAAACAUGGGCGCCUGGUUCCACUUCCAACCCCGAUUUGCCGUGCUGUACCCUGGCAGGCCGCUGCUCUAUGCUGGGCGCAACACAAGUGCUGCGGCUGCUACUGGCUUCUGUCGCCUCAGCCAAGCGGAAGAGCAGCUGUUGUUGAAUGACGCGUUCGACCUGCCCAAAGCAAUCUGGCUGCAGCCAAGCGAUGCGCCCCUUUCGACAGCAAGCUGGGUCGGAAUAGUUGUCGGAACCGGUGUUGUGAUGCUUGUUGUCGGAGCUGUGGCCGCACUCUACAUUAUUGCACGCAUCAACCGUCGCAACCGUUCCGAGCGAUUGCUCGUCAAUUAGUUGCCUUCUGUUCUUGUAGUUCUCUGUCAUGUCUCUUCUUUGUCACAGCUAAAAAAAAAGCUGAUCAGAUUCUUGUCAAACUCCA